GGGCUUGAUGGACAUCCUGGAAGACACUUCCAUCCUAAUUGAUGGCCCAGGUUCACUCUCUUCUAUCCUUUGCUGCUCAAACCUUUCUGAUUCCACUGUGUGACUGCAAAGCUAAUCUCGUCGGGUCUUAGCUUUGUCUGAGGAGGAAAGCCCUCUCCUGGGGCGAUGUCUCUAACACAAAGGGUUCUUGGAUAACUCCUGGUGGCGGCUUCUUCAGCUUUGUAGCUCUGCUGAGGAUUGGAAGCAGUUAUUGUGUCUGCCCUCCCUUGCUUUUAGUCCUAUGGAGCAAGAGUUCCUGCCCUGCCAAAUUCCUGUCCCCUGACGUGUUUGCUUCUUCUUCAGUUUGUGGAAAAGAAUGUGGUGACAGACCUUCCAGGCGUUGGGGCCUCCCCGCCCUGGUACCAUAGUUUUCUGAGCUGUGAGCCACAGCCUAUGAUGUCCUCAGCUCUGUGGGACAAAGACAAGGUUGGAGCAUGGCUCCCACGGUUCUGAACUGUCCAGGUGUAGCUGGGAAGAUAAAACCCCACACCUGUGAGACAAUUAGAACGAAGUCAAGGCAAAACCAUAUAGCGGUGUCUGAUAACUCCAAGAGGUAGGGUGUGGGGGGCUGGAAAAGGCAGAGUACACUCGAAAAAGCUGAGUGUUCAGAAGCUCAACUUAGAAAGCACAGUCAAGGAUCAGCCAGGCAGAAGGCUAGCCUGGAGCUCGGGGCAAGCAGGCACUCCUGCUGACCACAUGCCCUCCUCCCUGUACAGCUCCUGUUACAUAUCCUCUGUGUGUGUGUGUGUGUGUGUGUGUGUGUGUGUAUCUCCAUGCAGUAUCUCUCCACCCACAACACUGGCUUCUCUCAUUGUUUUGACUGUGCCUCAUUUUUCUCUUUGUGCUUUCUCUCUUCUGCUCAGAAAAUCUAAUUCUUUUAGAGACUCGGUGUAUUCCAGACUAUCCUGCAAUUCUAUGUAUCCCAGGCCGGCCUUAACGUCCUCAUGCUGCUAUCCCAGUCUCCCAAGAGCUGGGAUUAUAGGUAGGCAUGUACAUAAGGGCAGGUGCCCACAGAGGCCAGAAGAGGCCAUCAGAUCCCCUGAACUUGGAGUCAUGGGUCGCUGUGAGCUGCCAGAAGUGAAUGUCAGGAGGUCACCUGGGUUGUCUGCAGCAAUAACCGCUCUUAACUGCUGAGCCAUCUCUCACUGGCCCUGAACUUUACCUUACAACGGCGAGGCGCUUUCCCUUUUACACCAGUUACUAGCACUGGUAAUCCUGGGGAACGCGUAAGCAGGCACUCAGAGUCGCUUAGGACUGUCACUGUCCUAAGGCCUGAGAGUGGUGAAUGGUGAGCCAGGAUUCACACUCAGCGUGCCUGGCUAGAGAUUCAUAUACUUAAAACCCCUUUGUUGUGACACUCCAGACAAGUGAGCUGGCCCCUCGCUGUAGGCUCAUGUUCACAUCCCUGACACCGUCAUCCAGUGUCACCAGACCAGUUCUCUAGCUGGACUCAUUUCAAUGUGGUUUAGACACUCUCAUAGUCAAUGAGUAACUCAGAGGCCAAUAAAUACAUGUGAGAGAUACUGCAGGAGGCCCAGGCGCCUGAGCUGUGUCCCCUCUCAUGUCCCCUUCAUACCCACCCUGAUUUAGAGAAAGGAACACCCAGAAGGGUUUGAUGGUAUCUCCGCACACGUGUAAUAGAGGUGGCACCUAAAGCCACCACUGGUCCUGAGCUGCUGCCAGCACAGCUUUCUCAGAGAAAUCAGCUUACUGUGUGCUUGAGCUCUGGAUCUUACCGGGCUGGGAUUCACAGCAAACACCCCAGGAUCGUCACAAUUUCCAGAUUUUAUGCACUGCCAAGUCCUCGGGGACAAGGAUAAUCGAACAAUGCUUGCCGGGUCCCCUCCCACACCCUUAGCAUGAGCCUCUCCAGACGCCUCAUCUCACUGCAUACCUGGUUCCCCUGCUCGCCGGUCCCGCCAGCCAUUUCAACCAGAGAUCUGCCUCAGAGCACCUACGCUUGGAACAUAUGCCAGACACAUCUGUGAGACACCCCUUGCCGCUGCAGCUCAUGGAUGGAUGCUGAGUUCCCCCACGCACCACACUUCAGCAGGAUCAUGGCAUGUCAACUUGACUUGCUCAUAGGUGUGAUCUUCAUGGCCAGCCCCGUGUUGGUAAUAUCUCCCUGUUCUUCAGACGGCAGGAUAGCCUUUUUCCGAGGCUGUAACCUCACCCAGAUUCCCUGGAUCCUCAAUACUACCACUGAGAGGCUCCUGCUCAGCUUCAACUAUAUCAGUAUGGUGGUUGCCACAUCAUUUCCACUCCUGGAGCGGCUCCAGUUGCUGGAGCUGGGGACCCAGUAUGCUAACUUGACCAUUGGUCCAGGGGCUUUCAGAAACCUGCCCAAUCUUAGGAUCUUGGACUUGGGCCAAAGCCAGAUCGAAGUCUUGAAUCGAGAUGCCUUUCAAGGUCUGCCCCAUCUCUUGGAACUUCGGCUGUUUUCCUGUGGACUCUCCAGUGCUGUGUUAAGUGACGGUUACUUCAGAAAUCUAUAUUCAUUAGCUCGCUUAGACCUAUCUGGCAACCAGAUUCACAGCCUCCGCCUCCAUUCUUCAUUCCGGGAACUGAAUUCCUUAAGCGACGUAAAUUUUGCUUUCAACCAAAUAUUCACUAUAUGUGAAGAUGAACUCGAGCCUCUGCAGGGCAAAACACUGUCUUUCUUUGGCCUCAAAUUAACUAAGCUGUUCAGCAGAGUCUCUGUGGGCUGGGAGACAUGCAGGAACCCCUUCAGAGGCGUGAGGCUAGAAACUCUAGAUCUUUCUGAAAAUGGCUGGACGGUGGACAUCACAAGGAACUUCAGCAACAUCAUCCAGGGAAGCCAGAUUUCCUCUUUGAUUCUUAAACACCACAUCAUGGGUCCUGGCUUUGGCUUCCAGAACAUCAGAGAUCCUGACCAGAGCACAUUUGCCAGCCUGGCCAGAAGUUCGGUGCUGCAACUGGACCUUUCGCACGGCUUUAUCUUCUCCUUGAAUCCUCGACUGUUUGGGACACUGAAGGAUUUGAAGAUGCUGAACCUUGCCUUCAACAAGAUAAACAAGAUUGGAGAGAAUGCCUUUUAUGGGCUUGACAGCCUCCAGGUUCUCAAUCUAUCCUAUAAUCUUUUGGGGGAACUCUAUAAUUCCAACUUCUAUGGGCUUCCUAGAGUAGCCUACGUUGACCUUCAAAGGAACCACAUUGGGAUCAUUCAAGACCAAACAUUCAGAUUAUUAAAAACGUUACAAACCUUAGAUCUCCGUGACAAUGCUCUUAAGGCCAUUGGUUUUAUUCCAAGCAUACAGAUGGUCCUCCUGGGAGGCAAUAAGCUGGUCCAUUUGCCACACAUCCACUUUACUGCCAACUUCCUAGAGUUAUCUGAAAACAGGCUAGAAAACCUGUCCGACCUCUACUUCCUCCUGCGAGUCCCCCAGCUCCAGUUUCUCAUCUUGAAUCAGAAUCGCCUUUCGUCAUGCAAGGCAGCCCACACUCCCUCGGAGAACCCAAGCUUAGAACAGCUUUUCCUUACAGAGAAUAUGCUGCAGCUGGCCUGGGAGACCGGCCUCUGUUGGGAUGUUUUUCAAGGCCUUUCCCGCCUCCAGAUUCUUUACCUGAGUAAUAACUACCUUAAUUUCCUUCCACCUGGGAUAUUUAACGACCUGGUUGCAUUACGGAUGCUUAGUCUUAGUGCUAACAAGCUGACCGUGCUCUCUCCGGGCAGUUUACCUGCUAAUUUAGAGAUUCUCGACAUAUCUAGAAAUCAGCUUUUCUCUCCUGACCCUGCUUUGUUUUCUUCGCUUCGUGUUUUGGACAUAACUCAUAACGAGUUCGUCUGCAACUGUGAACUUAGCACUUUUAUCUCCUGGCUCAACCAAACCAACGUCACCCUGUUCGGCUCUCCUGCAGACGUGUAUUGCAUGUACCCUAACUCACUGCUAGGGGGCUCCCUCUACAACAUAUCCACCGAAGACUGCGAUGAAGAGGAAGCCAUGCGGUCCCUAAAGUUUUCCCUUUUCAUCCUGUGCACGGUCACUUUGACUCUAUUCCUCGUCAUCACCCUUGUAGUCAUAAAGUUCCGGGGAAUCUGUUUCCUGUGCUAUAAGACCAUCCAGAAGCUGGUGUUCAAGGACAAGGUCUGGAGUUUGGAACCUGGUGCAUAUAGAUAUGAUGCCUACUUCUGCUUCAGCAGCAAAGACUUUGAAUGGGCACAGAAUGCUUUGCUCAAACACCUGGAUGCUCACUACAGUUCCCGAAACAGGCUCAGGCUAUGCUUUGAAGAAAGAGACUUCAUUCCGGGGGAAAACCAUAUCUCCAACAUCCAGGCGGCUGUCUGGGGCAGCAGGAAGACGGUGUGUCUAGUGAGCAGACACUUCCUGAAGGAUGGUUGGUGCCUGGAGGCCUUCAGGUAUGCCCAGAGCCGGAGUCUGUCUGACCUCAAGAGCAUUCUCAUCGUGGUGGUGGUGGGAUCGCUGUCCCAGUAUCAGCUGAUGAGACAUGAGACCAUCAGAGGGUUUCUGCAAAAGCAACAGUACUUGAGGUGGCCUGAAGACCUCCAGGAUGUUGGCUGGUUUCUCGAUAAACUCUCCGGAUGCAUUCUAAAGGAAGAAAAAGGAAAGAAAAGAAGCAGUUCCAUCCAGUUGCGAACCAUAGCAACCAUUUCCUAGCAGGAGCGCCUCCUAGCAGAAGUGCAAGCAUCGUAGAUAACUCUCCACGCUUUAUCCGCACAGCCGCUGGGGGUCCUUCCCUGGAGUCAUUUUUCUGACAAUGAAAACAACACCAAUCUCUUGAUUUUCAUGUCAACAGGGAGCUUUGUCUCACUGUUUUCCAAAUGGAAAGUAAGAGGUCCAGAAAGCUGCCUCUAAGGGCUCUCACCUGCCAUUGAUGUCCUUUCAGGCCCAAUGACAUGGUUUCCCUCCAUCCUAUUGCGUACUGUCUGCUACCCAGGUGGCAAGAGCACCUUGGGAGAAGUUACAGGCAGCUUCAUGCUUUCUGUGCUGUUCAGUUCAAAAGCAGGUGCCUUGAGAAUCCUGAAUUCAAGCACUCUGUAGAACAUGGACAGACAAGAUGGGUCCUUCUCUGGCCAUAGGCAUGAGGCCAGUUGCUGAGGACUGCUCUCACUACACCUAAGUGCACAAGUGAUAAGAAGUUGGACAGAUAGACAGAUAGCAGCAGUCCCAUUGCUGUAGCCAGAAUGCACUUAUUUCCUGUUCUGACCCUGCAGGCCCAGCUUUUGGGGACCACAGCCAUGUUCUGCACGGGACCUCUCAACCUGGCAUUCAUGCCCUUUCACGACUUAGCACCGGCCUGCCCUUCUUUCUUCCCCACAACUAUACAAGAGCUGUUGCAACCACUGAA